AUGUCACUCCUGGCGACCCUGGGGCUGGAGCUGGACAGGACCCUGCUCCCAGCUAGCGGGCUGGGCUGGCUCGUAGACUAUGGGAAACUCCCCCUGGCCCCUGCCCCUCUGGGCCCCUAUGAGGUCCUUGGGGGAGCCCUGGAGGGCGGGCUUCCAGGGGGAGGAGAGCCCCUGGCAGGUGACGGCUUCUCUGACUGGAUGACUGAGCGGGUUGACUUCACAGCCCUCCUCCCUCUGGAGCCCCCCUUACCCCCCGGUGCCCUUUCCCCACCUUCCCCACCCCCACCUGACCUAGAAGCCAUGGCCUCCCUUCUCAAGAAGGAGCUGGAGCAGAUGGAAGACUUCUUCCUUGAUGCCCCGCUCCUCCCGCCGCCCUCCCCACCUCCGCCACCCCCACAAGCUCCUCCUCUCCCGCUCCCCACCUUUGACUUCCCUCAGCCCCCUGCCCUGGAUACCCUCGACUUGCUGGCUAUCUAUUGCCGCAGCGAGACUGGGCAAGGAGAUGCUGUGGGGCUGGCACCCCUGGCCCCACCACAGCAGCCCCCUCCUUCUCCACCUCAGCCCUCUCGCCCAGCCCCUUACCCCAACCCUGCCGCCACCCGAGGGGACCGCAAGCAGAAGAAGAGAGACCAGAACAAGUCGGCAGCUCUGAGGUAUCGCCAGAGGAAGCGGGCAGAGGGCGAGGCCCUGGAAGGCGAGUGCCAGGGGCUGGAGGCUCGGAACCGGGAACUGAGGGAGAGGGCUGAGUCGGUGGAGAGGGAGAUCCAGUAUGUCAAGGAUCUGCUCAUUGAAGUGUACAAGGCUCGAAGCCAGAGGACACGCAACAGCUAG